GUGUGUAGAGUGGAUGGAGGUGCACAUAAGGUGAGUGAGCGCCUGCUACUGCUACUAUUUUAUUUGUUUCUCCCCUUAUCAGGUGUUUGCCCGCUUCGAAAGGACAAAAAUGAAUGCUUCGAUCAGUGCCCUUGAAGGAUAGAGUAUUUCGCAGCAGUGACUGUAGUCGACACGUUCCAUUAUCUUUAUCUGGUGGAGACGUUGGGCGUUCAUCUGGAACACAUAGACUGUGGACGCAGGACCAAAUGUAUGGUGCAAUUAAUUCUGUUGUGCGUGAUGGGGUAAGCAUUCGGAGAGCAGCUGAAGAAUAUGGGGUCCCAAAAUCAUCACUCGGUGACCGGCUGAGUGGUCGUGUUUUGCCUGAUGCACAAUGUGGUCCUGCUACCUAUCUCUCACCAAGAGAAGAGGAAGAAUUAGUGAUGUUCCUCACCCGCUGUGCCUCAAUUGGGUAUGCGAAAUCUCGCAAGGAAGUUCUAGCUUUGGUCCAAGCUGUUCUUGAGAGCCGUGGCCACCAGAAGAUGGUCACUAAUGGAUGGUGGGAAUCAUUUCGGCGCCGACACCCUAACCUUACUCUUCGGACCUCUGUUCCUCUGUCAUUGGCACGUGCCAAAGCAACUGAUCCAGAGAUGUUAGGUCGCUAUUUUGACCUUCUUGAGCAGACACUCCAAGACAACCAGCUUGAAGGAAAGCCUGAUCUACUGUUUAAUAUGGAUGAGAGUGGCAUGCCACUCGAUGCGAAACCUCCUAAAGUAGUUGCUCCAAAGGGCGUAACAGUGUCGGCUAUUGGAUCUGGAGAUAAAACACAAAUCACAGUUGUAGCAUGUGUUUCUGCAGCAGGCUAUUGCAUACCUCCCAUGGUAAUAUGGGAUAGGAAAAUCCUUGCUCCUGAGUUAACAGUAGGGGAAGUCCCUGGAACUAUCUACGGCCUCUCCAAGAGCGGGUGGAUGGACAUGGAACUCUUCCACAUGUGGUUUUGCAAUCAUUUUUUGCACUAUGCACCAGCAGCACGGCCGCUUCUUUUGCUUCUUGAUGGUCACUCGUCCCACUACUGUCCGGAUACAAUCCGUCUUGCUGCCAAGGAGAAAGUAAUUCUCUUUACGCUCCCUCCCAACACUACACACUUGACUCAACCGCUUGAUAAGGGGUGUUUUGGCCCCCUAAAAACUGCCUGGAGAGAGGUGUGUCAUCAGUUUAUAACAUCAAAUCCCGGUAGGUCGGUUACUCGAUACCAGUUCUCGAGACUCUUUAACAAGGCGUGG